GUACUGUAGUAGAGGUGUGUGCAAUUACAUAAUCGGCAGGAGCCUUGGCACGGUUAACCGUAGGAAAUGUGCGGGAGUUGCCUAAAGAGGACAAUUAAGUGCCAAGAUAGAUAUUUGAAAGGAUGCGUCACCCAAACACUGUCAUUAAUUUACACGAGUCCGCGCCACCUUAUUACCACCCACUCUACGCGUUGCUCCCUCAACACCAGCAUCUUUCCUCUCUCUUUCGUGUUGACCAAGUUUUCCAUUAAUCGCACCCGACCACGGCAUCUUGGAAUCUUAGAAAUAAUGGCGAUUAACCCCUGCACCCCUGGUGCUCUGCAAAGGGUCUUUGAGGCGGAUACCCCCACACCAGCUAGCUUCCCGAAUCCUAUUCUUCAGGUGCUUCAAAUCAAAUCACUCGCCGCUCAACCUAGUGCCCCAGAACGGUCAGUUCUCUUUGCUAUCGACGUGAUUCCGGGACUCUGCUGAUCCUGUGUGUUCUCAGUUACCGGGUUGUGUUCUCAGACACUCAAAAUUUCAUCCAGUCUAUGCUUGCUACCCGUAUGUACUUGGUGUUUGCCUCUGGUGCCGACUAUUGAGCUAACGGAAUCUGCAGAGGCAACGGCUCAUGUGCUGGAUGGAUCAAUCGAGAAAGGCUGCUUUGUCCAACUAACAAACUAUCAGGCAAAUAGGGUCAAGGAGAAGAAGUGUGUUAAUCUCACCCCUGUGGUAACAUUGUCGAGCAUCUAACACGGAGACAGGAUCCUUAUCGUUAUUGGACUGGAGGUCCUCACCCAGUACGGAAAGCAGGAGAAAAUCGGGGAGCCCGUUCCAUUAGAGGCAUCUCAACGCCCACAAACACUUGAUCGGGCCAGAGCGGCUCAGAAUGAAAAGGCUUCUCCUACAUCAUUUUAUGGAAAUAGGCCCGCGCCUGCUCCUGCUGAACAGAGAGGUGUUCCGGCCAGGCAGGCACAGCCCACCACCACCGUGCGCCCAUCGGCCCCGAGCACUGCACGUCCGAAUAUCUACCCCAUCGAGAGUCUCUCGCCUUACCAGAAUAGGUGGACGAUCAGAGCUAGAGUCACUUACAAGUCUCCGAUCAAGCUCUGGCACAAUUCGAAUCGUGACGGGAGGCUAUUUAACGUCUCUCUCAUUGACGAGAGUGGCGAGAUUCGUGCCACCGGAUUCAACGAUCAGGUGGAUUCAUUCUACGAGAUGCUCCAGGAGGGGCAAAUCUACUAUAUUUCGAACUGCAAAGUCAAUCUUGCAAAGAAGCAGUACUCCAAUAUCAAUAACGAAUAUGAAUUAGCCUUCGAGCGUAUUACUGAGAUUGAGAAGGUUGCAUCCGAUGUUUGGGAAUUACGGGUUUAGCUGGCUAAUGAUGGUUUAGUGCAAUGAUGCAGAUGAUGGUCUUCCUAGGGCGCGGUUCAACUUUAUCCAAUUCUCCGAACUAGAGGGUAUUCAAAACGACGGCAUCAUCGAUAUUAUUGGUGUCAUCAAGGAGGUUGAUGAUGUCGCGACAUUACUGUCAAAGAACACGCAGAAGUCAUACACGAAGCGGGAUGUCACUUUGGUUGACAAGUCUGGAUAUUCUAUCCGCAUUACUAUUUGGGGUAAAACCGCUGAGGAUUGGGAGACGCAGCCGGAUGAGAUUGUGGCGUUCAAAGGUGUGAAGGUCAGCGACUAUGGUGGUCGAAGUCUAGGCAUGCUACAUAGCUCUACCAUGACUGUCAAUCCCGACAUCGAUGAAUCUCACGCGCUUCGCGGUUGGUACGAUGGGCAGGGGCACGGAGAAACAUUCCAAAGUUACUAUCCCGGCUCCUCAUCAGUCAGUACCAAUGACCCCUACAAGACUUUGUCACAGAUCCGCGAUGAAAACCUCGGCAUGGGAGAAGAACCCGAUAUCUUCACUACCAAGGCGACAAUUGUUUAUAUCAAAAAUGACAAUUUUUCGUACCCUGCUUGCCUAACUCCAAAAUGCAACAAAAAGGUUGUCGACCUUGCUGAAGGGCAAUGGAAGUGUGAUAAGUGUGACGUUACCCACCCCAAGCCUCGGUAUAGGUGAGUCAAUCAAUAUUAUUCCCCCUCCGAAUUUCCCGGACCUUUCUAUUAUUGUGUAUUCACGGAAUGCUAGGUAUAUCAUGGCAAUUUCCUGCAGCGAUGCCUUUGGCUUGGCUUGGUUCAGUUGCUUCGAUGAUGUUGGAACCAUGAUCAUGGGGAUGACGGCAGAUGAGCUUGUCGAGCUCAGUCAGUCCAGUGGGCCUGCCUUUACUGAUGCGUUUUCGCAAGCAAAUUGCAAAGCGUACGUCUUCAGAUGCCGUGCGAAAAUGGAUGUCUUUCAGGACCAGCAGAGGGUCAGAUAUCAAGUUUUGAGUGCGGCCCCCGUGAAUUUUGCGUUGGAGGCACACAAAUUGAUUGGCCAAAUCAAACUCUAUUAAGUUUGGUUAGGCUUGGGAGCCUUGGAUAGCUGUAGCACUUUUCCUUCGUUUUUUUCCCAACUAAUCCAUCGAUGUCUGGACUAGUAUUUUGUACUCUAUAAUUAUGUCACGUUGUAAACGGAAUCUGAAUGAUCAAAAUUUUAUCAUGGUUUCUUGUCCCUCAAGACCU